AUGGAAGUCCCUGCAUAUUUUGAACUGAGCUGGUCAAUCCUCAGCACUAUCGGCCUGUUCUUGACCGUGGCGGGAAUUUGGGCAACUGUCAUCACUCGGCUGUCACCGCUGCACCUCGUGCCGAUCAUCGUUUCUGUCGCCUGUACUAUCGCCAACGGUCUUUGCUACUUUGCUUUUUACACGCGCAAGCCUGUUCAGCAGCGAGUCGCCGCCAGCGUUUUCGCCGAUACUUUCUGGCUGAUUCAAGAAGCCGGUCUAUCCUUUUAUAGCUAUCAAAUCCUCAUCCACACUCUGAAAGGCCGUGCAUCCCUCAUCUUCCGUACCAUCUUCUGGUCUCUCAUGACCUGUAUUAUCGCACUUCGCAUCACAAUCGCCGUCACUCGCGCAGUUGAAUUAGCAGCCAAUCAACCCUUCCAAACCCGCAUCGACUAUCUACACCUCGGCUAUUUUACCGCCAUCGCUCUCGUCGAGACAAGCAGCGCUACCUUUCUGAUUCGCCUGCUCCACGACGCCUACGGCACAUCACCCUGGAGCUCCCCCACCCGAGGUGUUUUCCGUCAUCUACUACAGUCCACCGAAAUUCGUCUCGCCAGUCUCAGCUGUAUCGGCAUCCUGCGUGCUGUCACAUACUCAUUACAGACGACCGGGCAAUCUGCGACGACGGUUGCGGGAGAGCUUGACCGGUUUGCCUAUACUCUGGAAUGCCUAUUUCCCACUGUGAUGAUCAUUGAUAUACUCGCCUCGAAGCGCUUUCAAUUCGAUGGACACAGCGCCUUGCACUGUAGUGAUCCGCUCGAAGAGCAGCGUGAAUGGGCCGGCCACCAACCACCGCAGCCUCCGCCAUGGGCAGAAAUGUCCCCGCGUGGUUCAUAG